GCGGGCCCCCGGGCGGAAGUCCAGCUUGGAGUGGCAGGUAACAGCGGGCCCCCCGGGCGGGGCGACAGGCAUCGGGCUCCCAGGCUGGCCGGGGCGACAGGCAUCGUGACCCCAGGAGGGGCGACAGGCAUCGGGCCCCCAGGAGGGGCGACAGGCAUCGGCGCCCCCCAGGCGGGGCGCGACGGGGCAUCGUGCCCCCAGGCGGGGCGACGGGCAUCGUGCCCCCAGGCGGGGCGACAGGCAUCGUGCCCCCAGGCGGAGCGGCGGGCGCCGGACCUCCAGAUGGAGCGACAGGUCUCGGGCCCUCAGGCGGGAGCGGCAGGCGCCGGACCCCCAGGCGGAGCGACAGGUCUCGGGCCCUCAGGCGGGAGCGGCGGGCGCGGACCCCCAGGAGGAGCGACAGGUCUCGGGCCCUCAGGCGGAGCGGCGGGCGCCGGACCCCCAAGGUGGAGCGACAGCGGGCAUCGGGUCACCAGGCAUCAGGUCAUUUGGCUCGACAGCGGGCACCGCGUCAUCUGGCAAGGCAGUGGGCUCCGAGUCAAC